AUGUCCUUUCCGACCGACGUGGCGGAGUUUGAUAGUGACCCGCGCAUCUCGUUCUCGAGACCGGACAACAGCUUCCUACUUGAGACCAAGGAUGGUCGCGAGUUCUUGUUCAAUACCAUCCUGAAGAGAUGGGUAGAAUCGAUCGACGAGAAGCUCAUCCGCCAGCAGCAAGGAUACGGUCCCGAAGACCCCGAAAGUGAGAUCGUUCAUCCCCGCGAUCGUAAGAAGCGAAAGCAGUCACAGGAGCCGACCGAUGAGCCCAAGGUCAAGAAACCUCGCGUCAACACCGCUGUGUGGGUUACCAAUAUCCCCACCGACGCUACCUUCUCCGAGAUUCACGAGUCGUUCAAGAAAUAUGGCAUCCUUGCGGAGGAACUUGACACUGGAAAGCCACGCAUUGUAAUGUACAACGACGAAAACGGCAAUUUCAAUGGCGAGGCUUUGGUCGUGUACUUCCGGCCCGAGUCAGUCACGCUCGCGAUUCAGCUGCUCGACGAGACGGACUUCCGACUGGGUGUCCCCAACCCAUGUGGACUGAUGCGCGUCCAGGAAGCCGACUUUUCGUACAAGCGUGAACAGGAAGCGGAGCCCAAGGUUCUGACCACCAAAGAGAAAAAGAAGCUGAAGGAACGAGCAGAUCGGUUGAAUAAGAAACUUUCCGACUGGGGUGAUGAUGAGGCUGAGCUUGCCGCCAAAGCCAGACAGGCUGCCGAGGAGGCGCGCAGACAUGUGGUUUUGAAGCAUAUGUUCACACUGGAGGAACUUGAGGAGGAUCCACUCGCCACUAUUGAGAUUCACGAGGACAUCACCAGCGAAUGCGCUAAGAUCGGACCGGUGCUCAAAGUUAUGAUCUGGGACGGAGAGGCUGAUGGUGUUGCGACCGUCCGAUUUGUGUCCGCAGCCGACGCACGUCGCUGUGCCCAGAGCAUGGACGGGCGUAUCUUCUCAAAGAGAACUAUUGUUGCUUACAUCUGGAAUGGCGAGGAGAAGUUCAAGAAGCACCGUCCCCGACGCGACAGAAAACCCGAGGAUUCAGACGAUGAGAACGAGCGCCUUGAGCGGUAUGGAGAUUGGCUCGAAAGCGGUGGAAACAAGACAAACAAGAACCAGGAAACCGAAAAUGAGAAGGCCGACAAGGACGAGACCGACAAGAGCCAGGAGACCAACAACGAGAAGGCUGACAAGAACGAGGUUGAGAAGAACGAGGUUGAGAAGAACGAGGCUGAGAAGAACGAGGCUGACAAGAGCCUGGAAAUCGACAAGAACUAG